AUGGCAUCCAGGUUCCGGUUGGGGCUGGGUGUUGUAGAUCCAGACAGAUCACCUCUAAAUACCUCCUUCUCUUGGACGCCUCACGCUGAACUCCUCGUUUUCGAACAACAUGACGAACCCCCAUACGACCGUGGCCAUUGCGCAGAUCGUAUUCUAUGCGCCAAUGCUUCCUCUCGCCCUCUUCAUCUUCCGCCGCAACUGGAACAACCGGCCGCGGCUCGCGUGGUACAGCCUGAUACCCUUCACGCUAUGCAAGUUGCCUUGAGGCUGGACUCGAACCCGGACAACGUUGGCCUCAUCAUUGCCGUGACAAUCAUGCUGAAUGUUGGCUUGGUUCCUUUGAUUAUCGCCGCCGUUGGACUUAUUCGCCUAGUCCUGAAAUCCAGCGCAGACCCGAACCGACGCGCACACUUUCUGUUGAGGCUCAUCCGCAUAGCCUUUGUUAUCGCCAUGGCCCUGCUGAUUGCGAGCGGAGUUUUGGAAGGCUUCGAUGCGACCAUAUCGACCUCGCGAGCCCUUGGCCAAGCCGGCUACGUCAUUUUUGCGGUGAUCGUCUCUUUACUCAUGCUCGAGUUGGCCUACCUCCACACUCAGAAAGAACGCCUUUCUCCAGGAAGCCUUAUUUACGUUCGGCUGACUCUUUCUGCAAUGCCCACCCUGGCCCUGCGUGCGGCGUAUGGUCUCCUCUACAUGUUCACUGAAGCAGAAGCCCACCCCGAAUGGAAUCCGCUCUACGGCUCGGCAAUUGCUUUCGCUCUACUUUGCUUGCUACCAGAGUACAUUACUGCCCUCUUUUAUGUUUAUCUUGGAGUCCAUCGAAUAUAUAACAAGGUUUAG